UAUUUAGAUGAGGAUGCUUUGGAUGUAGUAGUAGACUUGUAAUCGACCAGCUCUGCCCAACUUAGCUCACGCGAAGCUUCCAAAACGUUAGCGUUUCUCAAGUUCACGUGAGAGUCUAUGAGCCUGAGAGCCGCGUAAUGGCUGAGGUUCCACCGCUCCAAGUUGAUCCGGACUUUGAGCCUCUCACCCGGCCGCGCUCUUGCACCUGGCCGCUGCCGGAGCUGAUCGACCCAGCCGGUUCCACAACAUCCUCCCCGGCCCCGUCGGUGAAGCAGGAGCCGGCUGGAAACGGUGAUUUUCCACGCAACUUGUGCUUGCUGGAGGAGGACUAUGAAGAGAAGCCGCAGCACUUGCACGUCCAGUUGCGCCCCCACCAACACCUGCAGCAGCCGGGCUCGCAGCUCGCACCUCAGCAACAGGUGCUCCCUUCUGGCGCGACAUCCUUGGGCGGCUCUUGCCAGAGGAAGAGCAGCUCGUCCCGUCGCAACGCCUGGGGGAACAUGUCAUACGCCGACCUCAUCACCAGGGCCAUCGAGAGCUCACCCGAGAAAAGGCUGACCCUGUCCCAAAUUUAUGACUGGAUGGUGAAUAGUGUGCCUUACUUCAAGGAUAAAGGAGACAGCAACAGCUCUGCGGGAUGGAAGAACUCCAUCAGACACAACCUUUCACUGCAUAGUCGCUUCAUGCGCAUUCAGAACGAAGGAACGGGCAAGAGUUCGUGGUGGAUGCUGAACCCCGACGGAGGAAAGAACGGCAAGUCGCCUCGACGCAGAGCUGCUUCAAUGGAUAACAACAGCAAGUUUGCCAAGAGCCGAGGAAGAGCUACAAAGAAGAAGAUUGCACUACAGGAUGGUGCUGAUGGAGGAGCAAGCAGCCCUGGCUCACAGUACUCCAAUUGGCUUGGAAGUCCAAGCUCCCACAGCGAGGACUUUGAGUCCUGGAGCUCCUUCAGAACACGCGCCAACUCAGACGCCAGCACCCUGAGCGGCCGCCGUUCACCUUUUUCCUCAGAACAAGAUGAACUCGGGGAAGCCGAAGGUCACCUGAUCUACCCCGGGGGGAGUAAAAUUGCCGCCCCGCUGCCCAGCCUAUCCGAAGUAUCCGGAUCCAUGGGUGGCUCGGAGAUGGUCAUGGAGAACCUGGCUGACAACAUGAACCUGCUGUUUCCCAAGAAGCCCCAAAUGGCUUCUGACUCUUCCAAUGUUGCCAUGCUUCAGAGCAGUCCCUAUAAUCCCACUCAGCUGCAACAGGACUUCCGAAAAUGCAUGUACAGUCGGCCCAGGAUGGACCCCAUGCCUUCUGUCCCCAUGAACAAACAUGAUUACAGGUCUUAUGAGAACCACUAUAGCUGCCCUGCUGGCCUCCUUAAAGAUCUGCUGACGUCAGAAGCAGACACCAGUAGAAACAUGAGUCUCUUUAAGGAAUCAAUCAUUUCUCAUGUUGGGAGAGGCCAGUGUCCAAGAAGUCCUUAUGAUAGUCAAAGCCAAUUGGGGGUCCAUAAUGGCGCUAAAAUGAUCCGUCACGUGAAUCCGCUAUCGAUUCAUGACCAGUAUUCUCCAACUUCGCGAGAUUUAAAUAGUGGCUCCACGAUCCCCUUGACCAGUCUUGGUUGUUUCCUGGGGGCCCCUCCUCAAAUGACUAGCCUGAGGACAUGCAUGCAGCCGGCCGCAGGGAAUGAUGUCACACCUCCCUACCGCAGCAGCAGCUACAGGGAGCUUCAUUCACGUGCGCAUCACCAAGAGCGGCUACCCAGCGACCUGGACAAUAUGUCAAUUGAGAGGUUUGAAUGUGACAUGGAAUCUGUCCUCCAUGAAACCCUCAUGGAUGGCGGUGCACUUGACUUCAAUUUCGACCCGGCGGCCGCGUCUCAAGUCUUCCCUCAGAGGGUGAAGACUACCACGCACAGCUGGGUGUCAGGCUAGUUUCGUGUCUUUGCGUGGUAUUUUCCAGCCAACUCAUUGGCUGCCACUGAUGGCAAUUGAUGUCCAAUCCAUUUAGACUCGGAGGGUCUGGCAUUAAUCACUGGAUCAAUACAGAACCUUCUGAUAUUAUUUCCUCAAAUGCUUUUGAUGUCUUUCUUAUUUCAUCUUUAUUCGAGAUGCAGGUUGCUGUAGUGAGAAGUCAGAGUUCACAGUUGUAUUGAGUUCAUUUUGUCUACACUUAGAGAUUAGUUGAAUUUUUCUUUCACCCCAGACAGUUGUUUUAGGUUGUUUAAUUUACCUGACAUGUUUCGGCGACUACUUCCGCCUUCAUCAGAGUGUCUCUGGCGUUUAUGUGACGCGUCUUUAUCAGCUGAUGGAUGAAGGCGUGACUCACCUGAGCAGCAUCAAAUUCACCCAUUAAGAGGAAACAGAUCAAUCUGUAGCCUUUCUGGACAUAAAUAUACACCCUACAGACAAGAGAGACAUCAAAAUAAAAGUACACAGGAAACCCACACACACCGGCCAAUACCUCCUAUGCAGUGCUUAAUUUGUAAAUCAUAAGGUGCUGGAACGCAAAGUACAUAUGACAGCGAAUGGAUGACAAGACGGGCACAGGUCCCGGAAUAUACGCAGAAAACAGUGCUGAAAACAACACGCAAAUGCCCUCUUGCCUUGCUGUGGGACUUACAAUUAUUUAGGCUAUUCUCUGCACAGCACGGGCAAUUGCCCACAUAACCAAAGGUGGGACUUACACAGUGACAAGGAUGCACCAAGGACCCAAAUGCUCGAUAGUUGUGCUCAAACAAAAGUGUUUAUUCUCCAAUUAGUGGAGUUAAAAAAUGUUAACAAAAAUUCACAGCAACAGCUGGACAUCAAUCAACAAAAAUUCACAGCAACAGCUGGACAUCAAUAAACUGAGUUACUUCUUCAAGAAACAAAAAGACAUGGGUUCAAAAACAUGAAUCGUGAUCAGAAAAGGGCUUUCACAAGGAUGUGGCAUAGGACGUGGCAGGAUAGCAGACAAACCGACACUGGGCAAGGUUACAAGCAGGCUAUUUAUACAGAUGAUCACAGGUGGACAGAAUCAGCCUGAUUGGCAAGCGCAGGAAGUAAAGUUAACUCAAAUGAGGCACGCCACUACCAAAAUAAAAGAAUCUGACAUGAUCCAAACAUGUCAUUAACAAGCAAACAUUAACAAGACUUCCGAGACGUGGCACACAGUACACCAGGGGUCCCGAAACUUUUUCCUGUGAGGGCCACAUAACUUUUCCCUUCUCUGAUGAGGGGCUGGGGUUAGUUUGUAACAGAAAAAGUGUGACGAUUGCAGGAGUGCCUAAACGUAAAAAUGUAUUGUUUUUCAGAAAGCCAAAAUUAAAUAACCCUUUCUGGAUUCUUAACGGAACAAAAGUAAAUUAAAUAUAUAUGUGUGUGUAUAAUAUAAAGGGCUGUCAAAAUUAUCGCAUUAACGAGCGGUAAUUAAUUUUUUAAAUUAAUCCCGUUAAAAUAUUUGACGCAAUUAACGCACAAAUGCCCAGCUCAAACAGAUUCAAAAUGAGAGCACAGUGAAAGGUGUACUUGUUGUGUUUUUCGGAGUUUUGCCGCCCUCUGCUGGCGCUUGGGUGCGACUGAUUUUAUAGGCUUCAGCACCCAUGAGCAUUGUGUAAGUAAUUAUUGACAUCAACAAUGGCGGGCUACUAGUUUAUUUUUUGAUUGAAAUUUUUACAAAUUUAAUUAAAAGGAAAACAUUAAGAGGGGUUUUAAUAUAAAAUUUCUAUAACUUGUACUAGCAUUUAUCUUUUAAGAACUACAAGUCUUUCUAUCCAUGGAUCGCUUUAACAGAAUGUUAAUAAUGUUAAUGCCAUCUUGUUGAUUUUUUGUUAUAAUAAACAAAUACAGUCCUUAUGUACCGUAUGUUGAAUGUCUAUAUCCAUCUUUUGUCUUAUCUUUCCAUUCCAACAAUAAUUUACAGAAAAAUAUGGCAUAUUUUAUAGAUGGUUUGAAUUGCGAUUAAUUACGAUUAAUUAAUUUUUAAGCUGUAAUUAACUCGAUUAAAAAUUUUAAUCGUUUGACAUCCCUAAUAAUAACCAAAUAACCCUCUCUGGGUUCUUCACAGAAAAAAGCCAGGAAAUAAAUAACACUAUUGAAAAUAAAUAAAUAAAAUAAAAUAAAAAAAUAAAAAUGCUCUCUGGUAUUGUUCAGUGGGCUGGACCAAAUGUGGAAGCGGGCCGCAUUCGGCCCGCGGGCCGUAGUUUGGGGACCCCUGCAAUACACAGUCAGAAAUAAGUUUCUCAACAGGUCUAACUUGUAAAACAUUAAAAAAAAAAAUCAGAUAUGACAAUAAAUAACACAAACCCAUUCUUUUCUGAGUUUCAUCCCCCCCCCCGUCUUCUCUGUCCCCAAAGUUCCCACCGCCUUACAAAUUGUGCAGCCCAAACCCAAACUUCCCAUAAGGGUACUGGCCUGUUGCUCCCGCUGUUGGUGGUCCACUUGGCUGACUGCUGGCGCUGUAGCUGGCCCCCACUAUGGGUAGCGCUGAACCUGACCAACUGCUGCCACGGUAGCAGCCUCCUGCCCCAGCAUGGCUGGCUGUCCGUGAACUUGGCUAGCUGCUGCGGCGCUAGCCUCCUGCUGCACCCGGUCCUUUCCCAUUAGUAUGAUAGCUGCAUCCGCCCUCAUCGCCGGUAAAUGCAACUGUCUUUUUGGCAUGUUGAAAUACCGUUUGCUCCCCAGAUGUCGCAAAUUUCCAAUGUUUUUUAUUUUUCAUUUUUUAUGCCAUUGGCUUGAUUUGUUGGUCUAGCUUUUCAGUGCAUCAACAAAUCUCCAACUCUCUCAAAUGACGUUCAAUUUUUAUAAACAACAUGCAAUUGUUGUGAUUUGUUCUGUAAAUGAAUUUAUGCAUUUUAUUAUUUUAUACAUUUUUUAAAAACGUUUUUAUGUUAUUAUUAUUUUCUAUACACGAGAGGUGCCGGAUCUGUCCAAAUAAAACCCGGAACACUGGGAGGCCAAAAUCAAGAGGUGCCGGAGCUUGUUCCGGCAGGAUCCGGCACAAAUUAACCCCUGCUCCUAUGGACAUUUGAACACCCCACUUUCCACAAACUGUCAGUUGACAGAACAUUACAUGAACGUACGACAACAUGUACUAAAAAGGUGUCAGUAUCCACAGUGGGCAAUAGACCCUACCCACGUGACGUCACACCUCCGCUCUCCUGAAUGGUACCGCCCACUUGUCCGUCAAAACAUAGUGUUAACCUGUUACGGCUACGUACAUUUCUCCUAUUUACGGCGUGUUUUUCUGCUCCUUAACAUUAAUAAUCAAAAUGGUGAAGGCGUGUGUGGCUGUUGGUUGCACUAACAGAGAAGAUGGAAGGAGAGAGGAGAAGUUUUACCGUAUUCCGAGGGAUCCAAAGAGAGCGAAAUGGACGGCUGCAAUUCGACGUGAAAACUGGGCACCAAAAAAUCACCACAGACUAUGUAGUAGUCAUUUUAUAUCCGGUAAGAUGCAUUUAAGAUAUACUUAGAGGGUUUUGGGCUGACAAAUAACCACAAUUAAGAUCAUUGCGAGGCUAAUCGCCGACAACAUACGACGUAGUACGACAUAGUUUCAAAUUCAAGAUGUUUGUGACUUCCCUUUCUUCCACCAUCGUUACUUUUUGAAUAAUAUUUAGCUGGUACCAAGUGAAAGAAACUGGCCUCGUCUACGGGGCUGACAAAUAACCACAAUUAAGAUCAUUGCGAGGCUAAUCGCCGACAACAUACGACGUAGUACGACAUAGUUUCAAAUUCAUGAUGUUUGUGACUUCCCUUUCUUCCACCAUCGUUAUUUUUUGAAUAAUAUUUAGCUGGUACCAAGUGAAAGAAACUGGCCUCGUCUACGGGGCUGACAAAUAACCACAAUUAAGAUCAUUGCUAGGCUAAUCGCCGACAACAUACACGUAUGUAUGUAGUGAGAGUGCUAUCGCUAAACCAUAUAAACAUUAAAAGCCUUAACUCCAUUGACAAACGACAUGAAAUACAUUAGACUUGACAGUGGAUGUUAGCAAUAACAAAAGAUUUUGAAUUGAAAAUUUCGUAACUCACCUUUCCAAGCACAAGAUAGAUUCCUGCCGAAUUUUCGUGGACGAGGACCUGUUUCACCCAACCAGCAACGAAGUAUUUAUAAGCCUCCAAGCUCUUGAAGUUUUUCAAAUUUUCGUGAGAAUAGGCUGAUUUUGUGUGGACAAGAUAAUUGUAAAUAUCAGCGUAGCAGAUGUCGGGCAGACAGGGCGAAGACAGUGGGUCGAAAAACAUCGAUUUGGGCAUCAAAUAUGGAUCUGGCGACUGUAUAGAACGAAGCUUUUCCACAUAACGCCUUUUAUGCAACACAUCCAGUGAGUUUACGGCAUCAGAAAGCACCGGGUCUUCCAUGAAAUGCAUUUUAAAUUCCUCGAUCAAUUGAAAACAAUGCUAAUACAGAGACAAAAUGACGGACAAGUGGGCGGAACCACACAGCGAGCACGUGGUUUUGUGACGUCGGUGGGUAGGGUAUAUAGCAAAAGCCCAGGUUAAAAACAAAAACAAUACAACACAGGGGGGAAAAAACAAAAAACAAAACCAGAAUACAGAGAUAUAGUGAUUUUGCCAUACGUGAGAGGAAUUAUGGAACGCAUCCAAAGAGUCAUGAAAAAAUACAACAUGAACACACCGGUCAAACCACACAUAACACUUAGCCAGAUAUUGGUUCAUCCAAAGAACAAAAUCCACCCAGAAAACAAAUGCAACUUUAUAUAAGAAAUUCCAUGCAAAUCAUGCAAUAAAUCAUACAUCGGGGAGACAGGGAGGAGCUUUAUUACAAGAAAAACAACACAAGUGUGAGAAGGAGACAGCAAUAAGACAAACAAGGGCAAUAAAAGAGCAAGCACAACAGGAACACCACAAGUCAGCCAUCACCGACCACUACAAAAGGAAAACCACAUUAUGGACUGGGAAAAUCCCAGAGUCAUCCACACAGAAGAAAACAAACAUCAGCACUGGACCAGGGAGGCCAUUGAAAUCCGUAAGCGUGGCCCGAGGACCAUCAACAGGGACGACCUAGACCAGCAUCCUGGAAGAAUGAAUGGUCAGCAACGGCUGUGAGUCACGCCUUCAUCCAACAGCUGAUAAAGACGCGUCAUACCAACACCAGUGACGCUCUGAUGAAGGCGGAAGUAAUUGCCGAAACAUGUCAGGUAAAUAAAACAACCUAAAACAAUAGUCUGAGAUAAAAAAGAAAAAAAUAACUAAUCUAAGGAGAAUUGACAGUUUAGAUCUGAUUUGUCUCAACAGCAGUAUUGUAGACAAUUUGAGCCAGGGUAUCAUGAAAUACUACUAAUAUGAAGCAUUUGUAGUGUAGAAUGACAAUCAGAGGUAGGUAAGGUAGCGUCACUUCUAAAUAAUAUGAUUCAAUUAAAAGUAGUCAUCCAAAAAUGUACUCAACUGCAAGUAAAAAAAACAUUCGUUGGAAACAAUACAGUACUCAAGUAAAGUGUAACAUUGUGAGUAACUGCUUGCAAUGUCUGAUUUUAAAAAUAAUACCAAUGAUGGUAAUUUUUCUCUUCUAUUUAUCUAUAUGAGCCGUUAUUAUUAUAUUGUAAUUUGUAAUAUAACCUAUUACAUGACAGUAUUAGGCCAAAAGAAUGACACAAAAAUCAUCAAAUUCAGACCAGAGCAGCACUAUGAAGUAUCACCUGUCCAAAAAGCAUGAGUGCCCUCUAGUGGAGAAAAAACAUUGUUACCGCUUAUUGAUAUAAUGGGGUCAUGUGUGUGAUUGUUGCAACGUCUCAUUGGUGAAACUGAGACAGCAGCUGCCGGCAUCUCUGGCAAAAAUGAAGUCAAUAUGAGGAAUAAAGAGUUAAAAUUUAACGACUCUAGAGUAGCCCUAAGUAGCAGUGUAAGAAAAGUGUUUCUUCUUCACAACCCUACUCAAGUAAAGGAAAAAGCAUUGCUGGGUAAAAAUACGCUAAGAAGUCAUUUUUUUCUCAAAACGUUACUCAAGUACCGAAAUUUUCCGACUGUAAACUGCUAGUUUUUUCCCCUUAUUUUCAAUCCUGCAGCUUAUAGUCCAGUGCGGCUUAUUUGUUUAAUUUUUUGGGUUAAUAGGUAACACUUUAUUGGACAGUGGUGUAAUAAAACUGCCCUAAGACCGUGAUAAUUAUGACAUGAUUAUGAGACUAUCAUGGGCAUUAAUGAAUGCUCAUGACAGAUUUAAUUAAGUAUCAUCAUGCAAAUUACUGUACGUCACCAACAAUUCACUUAUGUCCAGCUCGGAUCGUUUACAUCCUUUCAAAAGUAAGAUCAUUUGCCGGAUGACACAAAAUGACAUCCGUCAUAAGCAUUCAUUAAUGCUCAUGGCAGUGUCAUGUCAUAAUUAUGAUUGUUUUAUGACAGUUUUAUGGUGACACUGUCAAAUAAAGUGUUACCAAAUACCAGAGCUAGCAAUUAAUGAAACAACUGGAAGAGUAUCUGAAGAAAUAAUUAGCUCAGAACAUGAACUUUUUAUUGUUAUUUAUUUGGGUGUUUGUUUGCUAAUGAUUGAAACCAAUCACCAUUACGGAGUCAUAAUUACUGCAAUUUAAUUCUAUCAGCCACUACUUUUUUCUCUCAUUUUGAAUCCUGUGGCUUAUAGUCCAGAAUAGCUUAUUUGUUGAUUUAUUUGGGUUAAUAGGUAACACUUUAUUCGACAGCGGCAUCAUAAGACUGUCAUAAGACCGUCAUAAUUAUGACAUGACACUAUCAUGGGCAUUUCUGAAAGCUUAUGACAGAUGUCAUUGAGUGUCAUCCGGCAAAUUAUGUCACUAAUUUCAUUUAUGUCCUGGUCGUAUCUUUUACAACUGUUCAUAGUGAGAUAAUUUGACGGAUGACACUAAAUGACAUCAGCUAUAAGCAUUCAUUAUUGCUUAUGACAGUGUCAUGUUAUAAAUAUGAUUCUUAUUAUGGUGCCACUGUCAAAUAAAGUGUUACCAAAUACCAUAACUAGCAAUUAAUAAAAGUGUCAUUGCAUGAAAUUGACUUUCCUGUAUAUAUAUUAGUUGUAAAGCAAUAAAACUGCAAUAAAAAUAAGGGGAGAGGAAUCAUAUUUUUCAAAUGAUUUCUUUUCUUUGAUUGAAAAUUUUUUUGGGGAUUGAUGAUUGAAGCAACUUUUUGGGGGAUUGAAUGAUUUAGACACAAAUGUCCUACCCAUAAUAUGGCGCAAACACAAAAGGAUUGCUUCAAUCAAAGAAAACUUUUUCAAUGAAAAAUUAAGUGUUCAAAUGCAAAUUUUUCAAUCUCAAAUAUUUUUUCGUAUUCAAAAUCGUUUUCUAUGAUUGAAAUUUUUUUUGAUUGAUUUUUCUUUUUGAAAAUAUAUAUUUUUUGAAACAACUUAGUUUUUGAUUGAAUAAUAAAAGAGAAAAAUGUCCUAGCCAAAAUGUAGCCCAAACACAUAUCAUUAUUACUUCAAUCAAAAAAAGUUGCUUCAAUCAAAACAAAAAAAAAAACAAACCUUGACUCCAAUCAAAAAAAAAAAAAAAAAAUUCAAAGAAAAAUAGCAACUUUUUGGGGGAUUUAAUGGUUUAGACACAAAUGUCCUACCCAUAAUAUGGCCCAAACACAAAAAGGAUUGCUUCAAUCAAAGAAAACUUUUUCAAUGAAAAAUUAAGUGUUUAAAUGCAAAUUUUUCAAUCUCAAAUAUUUUUUCGCAUUCAAAAACGUUUUCUAUGAUUGAAAUUUUUUUUAAUUGAUUUUUCUUUUUGAAAAUAUAUAUUUUUGAAACAACUUAGUUUUUGAUUGAAUAAUAAAGACAAAAAUGUCCUAGCCAAAAUGUAGCCCAAACACAUAUCAUUAUUACUUCAAUCAAAAAAGUUGCUUCAAUCAAAAAAAAAAAAAAAAAAAUCAAAGAAAAAUAGCUCUCACAUGCAUUUUUUUUUUUAUUUCAAAUUUAUUUUUGUAUUUAAACACAUUUUUUUAUUGAAGAUAUAUAUUUUGAUUGAAGCAACUUUUUUUUUUAUUGAAGCAACGUUUUUUUGUUUUUAUAAUAAAGACACAAAUCUAUCUCUGUAUGGCUCCGCCCAGGGGAUACAAUUUUUGACUGGGGUAACUACAUUGGCACGACACCGGCGGCCGUACCAUAUUCAAUGGAUGACGAUCUCGGCGAAAAAUAUUGCCUAAGCAGCCUGAUUUAGAAUUCCCCUCAAGAAUGAUGGGUAACCAAAAACGCUCAUUGUCAACUUAUUAUUAUAAAUAUUCUUGUAAGUUAAUUUUGUUCCUGACACUGCGUUUCAGGGUCAUCAACAUGUUGUGCACCCCCGACCCAAAAGUCAAACUCCAUCUACGGCUGCAAUGCAUGCUUGGGGGAAUGUUGUAGGACACCAGUGUUGACAACAGGUGGCAGCAGAGGUUGACUGUCUCCCCCAAGGAAGCAGUGUUGGCCAAAUGAAGCUUCUUGAAGCAAUGAAGCUUGGCAGCCAAUUGGUUCAAAGCUUCAUGGUGGUUCAUUUGGUCUUAUGACAAUCUUAUGAUGACCCUGUCAAAUAAAGUGUUACCGAUUAAUAUCUUUUGGUGUAAAUAUCCCAUGAUACAGUGAGGACAGCUGCGGCUUAUUGUCCAGUGCGGCUUAGCUAUGAACAAAUACCGUUUUCGUGUCAAAUUUGGUGGAUUGCGGCUAGUCAGGUGCGCCUUAUAGUUAAAAAAUUACGGUAAAUUUAACGUGUUACUACCCAUUUCUGAUGACAACAUAAAGUUGAAAUGUACGUAAGUAUUAAUUGACAGCAGCUGGACCAAACAUGGAACCAUGUGAGGUGUCUUCUACAGAUUAAAUGUAAUUUAUUUUUCUAAGAAUUAAUAUGAGGAUUACUACCAAUUUCUAACCUUCCAAUUGAUGCCACUAUCAAUAUUAUUAAGUACAAGGAUAUUUUAAACAGUCUGUGUAACUGCGCUGAAUAAGAAGACAUAAUAAUUCAAUCAUCCGUCCAAUUCAUGGUUUAUAGUUGUCUAAAUGUAACCCAUCAUGUACAAACUGUAGGAUUUAUUUUGGUGUGUUUCUAUUUGUGUUUUUUUCUGUAAAAUGUAUUACUGUUUGUUAAUUUCAGCAUUUGUCUUAUAUUUAUGUUGAAACCAUGCCAGCCAUAAAGAAGGUGUUGCCCUGCAGUGCAUUCCUUUCUUUUUUUUUUUCAUGCCAUAAGUGAAUUGUGUAGAAGAUGCACUUGUUUGCAAAUGCACUGCAGGAAUUUCAAGAAUUUUUCUGCCUUUGUUUCCGGCGCUGGAGUGUCUUUUUUUUGGUUCAAAUCAAAGGGAUGCUUCUCAACGGAGCUAAGCAAACACUGCACUGGAUUUUUAGCGGUUGUGAUGUGAGAUUUGUUUUUAUCAUCACUCAGACACGUUCAUAAGAAAGUGAAUUUACUAUGCCUGCAAAUGUGCGUUCUCUGGUAGUUUCUAUAUACAGUAUAUUUUAAUCAGUUUUUUAAUAAAUGUCCCGAAUACUGUACUGUAAAUACAAUUUUAGAAACUUGUUAAUGUACUGUAACUCAAUCCAAACAAUAGCAGUAAAUAUAUAAACAUUCAAUACCUCAAAAUAUUUUUACCUCUUAAGCUUUGAAGAGAUUUACAUUUUUUUGCUCCUGCUGUUAUGCUGUAAUGUCAUUUAAAUUUUUUUUGUACAUUUGUUUUUCUUUGCAUCUGUAUAGAACCUCUGUUUGCUUAUUGUAUGUGUAAAAUGCUUAUAGCCAUUAGUUUA